CCCCAUCUGUCAAAGAAAAAAAUAGCGUCCUUUUUGGUUUUUGCGUUUGGGUGACUGUCGCUCCGGAAAUUUAUUGAAUUUAAUUUCACCUGAAAAAGAAAAAAUAAUCGCAAUGCCACGCGGAAGAAGGUUCGAUAUGAAUGCAUAUUCACUCAAAGAUCAAAUUACGGUCUUUGAAGCAGUCACCACUUUGCUGAACAACCCGGAAUUCCUUGCUCAAUGCUACCCAGACGGCGGGGAAAGGCUAAUGGAGGUGAGAAGAAAUCUCAAAAGGGCAAUCAUAGCCAAGCAGAAUGCGGAAUGUCCUGACACCAGGAUUCAUCUCAUGGAGUUGACGGUGGAUCAUUCGUUUCCCAACCACGGAAUACGCUGCAAGUGUAGCGUUGAUCUGGCUGAAGAAUUAUUCAAGACCAUGUUGCAGCCCACAGAAGAGAACUUCAUCAACAGAUUUGUGGAAGGGCCUAUAUUUGGAAGCAUGUUUUACAGCAUGGCCUUCAUCUUCUACAUAUACUGCAUUUAUUGGAUCGUUCGCUGGUGUAGGUUCAUUUACGGCAUUUAAUAAGGAAUUCCAUUUAAUUGAAAUUUAUUUAAAUAAUCAUUAGGCUGUUCAGCUUAUCUUAGUAGUUUAUUCUAAUAGUUAUAAUAUUAAUUAUUUUACAAACUUGAGGAAACUUCUUCGACAUGUUUUGCAUUUAUGUAAACAUUCACUCUAAUUAGCUGUAAUCCAAUGCAUUGUUAUCGGUUUGUUUAUUAAGAUAGUCAUCAGAGCGAUUAGGUUAUCUUGAUUAUCUAAUUUAAUAACAUUAUAGUCACAUAAGAAACUUCGCGUGAAUUUUGCUUUAUAUUAUAUCAUGCGAAGAUAUUUAUUGUGUAAUGAGACUCGUUAACAAUAAAAUAAAUAAAAUA